AUGGGCCGGCCUGCUGCAGCGGGCUACGUAGAUCUUGGCCAGGGGACCUCACCUCACGUCGUAAACACAAGGAACAGGCCUCGACAUUUCUCCGCAGACGUAGCAGAGUCACCCACCGGCGACCACGCCCACUUCGUCCAGAUCUCCACCGCGCCCACCGCCGCCCACCACGCCCACCUGCCCCUGUGCUGGGCUGUCGGGCUCAGCUCACAGCUCCCAGCUCCCUGUCCCUCUCUGUCCAUAUCCAUGCGCGCUGUUUCAGGGAGUAUCCCGCCCCCCAGGGCAAGCGUGUGCAAGCGUGGACAAGCGUGCUGGUACCUGAACUUCUGCAGCCUGCCUGACGGGCUCCUGGCCCAAGGCUGCAAAGCCCUGCAUCGACAGAUAUGCUCUCAGCAAUGGUUGAACUCCUCCGCUGAGGAGGAAAGGCAUUCUGUGCGGGCUGCGGGAGCUGGCGCUGGCGCUGGCGCUGGCCAGCAAACCGAGGAGGCUGCUCCCGAAAAUACAGACAGUACUCCGUACUGCGACCGACUUGCGCAUCUUAUUGUGGCCGUCUCAGUCCUGAGGGCCACGACGGCGGCGAUAUCAAUACCAUGA